AUGGAUCCCACACGCGCGGAGUCUGUCAAGACCGCGCAAGUUACGGAGAUUGCCUUGGCGUAUGGACUGAGCCUGCUUGAUGCGGCUGCCGCGCAAGACAUACUGCCUACGGAGCCCACACGCGUCCAAGAAGACUCUCGGUAUCGCGCGGGCUAUGGAAGCAAGAAAGUAACGGGUUGCCCGCCUUGGACGCUGUAUGGAGAGCGAGGUCGCGAUUCCAGAGUGCAUCAGCUCUCAGCUUUCGAAUUUGCGCGGCACUACCACUACCAGCAGGCGUCGCAACCCUGGACGCUGGCACAGCAGGAGCGAGAGCCGGAGAAGUACCACGUAUGCCUCACAGAGGCUGGCAAGGCGAAGCUUGCACGCGGGGCGGCGCGGAGCAAGCUUGCCUCCGCCAGCGACUACCAGAUCAAGGAGCAAGGCGGCGUGGGCUGGUUGCCGCUCGGCCAGGGCGAGCGAGCUCAGCCGUAUCGGCACGACUGGGUCAUCGUGGUGCGCAAGCGGCCGCAUGUGCCCGUCAUCUACGGCGCCCAGGGCUGCCGCACGGAAGAGGAGCAGGCCCAGAAGAUCAUGCUGCUCUUCUGCCCUUGGACCACCAAUGCCGCAGAUGCCACGGCCGACGUGCCCUUCGUCGCUGACCUGAUGGGCGGUUGCAACACGUGGCGCGAUGCCCUGACACUGUGGUUUUCCACGCGAGGCUUUCCCACGGAGUCUCUGCGCCGCUACGUCCGGAACUUCUGCUUCGUCUACUGUCUACCGCGGGAGCUGCAGUCCAACGGGGACCUCGCAGAAAACAGCGACAACGAAGGCAUCGAGGACCGGGAUGCUCCGGAAUACUUCGACGCCAACGACCUGCAGGCAGCGCUGGUCACGCACGUGCGGGGCAGCGGGCGGGCAGAAGAGGAGGCCGACGGUGCUGACGGGGCAGCGGAACCAAGCUUGCAGCACACCAUGACCAAAGAAAUGUUCGACCUGUCUUCGUCCAUCUGGCUGGAAGGCCCCGGCCGCGGUGAGGCGAACGCGGAGGCCGUAGCAGAGCGCCGGAGGUUGGAGCACAUGCAAGGUGUGCAGUGUCCGGAGCGCUUGCUCGCCGCCGCGCAAGCCUCGCGCAGCAAGGCGGCGACUGCCGCCGCGUCUCAGGCCCGAGCCC